GUGCUGUGAGGGAGCGAGACGAACGUACUUCUCUGGUAAAUGACAAUGGCGAGCAACAGGUUUCAAAGUGGAGAAAUGGUGAUGGGACGCUGGCCAGGCAGCAGCCUGUACUACGAAGUGAAGGUGCUGAACUUCAACAGCAACACUCAACUCUAUACCGUGAUCUACAAGGAUGGCACAGAGUUGGAGUUGAAGGAGGUUGACAUUAAGCGUGUCUCAGGGUUUCGUCAGAGUGGGGGCCGUUCCCGGUCUCGCUCCCGUUCCCCAUCUAGACGUCGCAGUCGCUCUCGAUCGCCGGGCCGAGUCACCCGACGCUCGACCUCCCGAACCAUGGAGACACGCAAAGAUGCCCGCAAGGAACCCAAAGUGAAGGAGGUACAGGAAGUCCGGCUGUCCCCUGUGGAAAAACCAGUGGAAAAUAACAGCAACAAUAAGCAUGACAAGAAAGAGGAAAAUGAUACAACAAACAGAGUGAGUGAGAAAUCAGAGGCUGAAUCGGAGUCAAACCGCAUUGGAGUUCGUUACAACUUGCGACCCAGGAAGGAGGAAGUUGGGACCAAAGUAAUGGAGCCUGAGGAGGUGGAGAAGAAGGUGGCUGAGCGUCUGAGGGAGAGAAAAGUGUCAGUGGAAAGGUCUACGGAGCUGGAGUUUGGUGGAAGGAUAGGAGCCUUCUUUAUGAUUUUCUUGCUCCCGACCAUCACCGUUAUCCUCCUGCUGAUGUGCAGUCAGAAGGACCCCAGCCUGAUGAACUUCCCACCGGCACUGCCAUCCCUUGAUGCUGUGUGGGACGUUCAAGUGUUUGGCCUCGUGGUCCUCUGGUUCUUCUUUCAGGCGCUUCUCUACUUGCUACCUGUUGGAAAGGUUGUAGAAGGACUGCCACUGAGGAGUGGGAAGAGAUUGAAAUACAGGAUUAAUGGCUUUUACGCUUUUAUUCUCACCGCAUUAGUGCUUGGGGUGGCUCAUUAUCAGGGGGUGGAUCUCAGCUACAUCCAUGCCAACUUUCUGCAGUUUUCUGUGUCUGCCAUGAUCCUGUCCGUCCUGCUCAGUCUGUAUCUGUACGUGCGCUCCUGCUGGGUGCCGCAGGAAGACCUAGCUCCUGCCGGAAACUCUGGCAAUGUGAUAUAUGACUUCUUUAUUGGACGUGAGCUUAACCCUCGAAUUAAAAGCUUUGACCUGAAAUACUUCUGUGAAUUGCGCCCAGGUUUAAUUGGUUGGGUUGUGAUCAACAUGUCUAUGUUGGUUGCUGAAAUGAAGAUCCAGAAGCUGGAUGCCCCAUCACCUGCGAUGAUGUUGGUGAAUGGCUUCCAGCUUUUGUAUGUUGCUGAUGCUCUUUGGAAUGAGGAAGCCAUUCUGACCACCAUUGACAUUGUGCAUGAUGGUUUUGGUUACAUGUUGGCUUUUGGAGAUCUGGUCUGGGUGCCUUUCACCUAUAGCUUACAGUCGUUUUACCUGGUGAAUCAUCCUAGUGCUCUCUCCUUAACAUGGCUUGUCACCAUCAUCACCCUCAACUUGAUUGGAUAUUUUGUGUUCCGGAAAGCCAACUCUCAGAAGAAUGCCUUCAGAAGAAAUCCUGCAGAUCCCAAAUUAUCUCAUCUUCGGACAAUUCCCACUGCAACUGGGAAGAGUCUCCUGGUGUCGGGUCUUUGGGGCUUUGUCCGCCACCCAAACUACCUGGGUGAUCUCAUCAUGGCUCUUGCGUGGUCACUGCCUUGUGGCUUCAGCCACAUCUUACCAUACUUUUAUAUAGUUUACUUCACUUGUCUGCUGAUUCACCGUGAUGCUCGUGACGAGAAGCAGUGCCGCAGGAAGUAUGGCUCUGCGUGGAACGAGUACUGUCGACAAGUGCGCUACCGCAUCUUCCCGGGCAUUUACUGAGAUUGGAUGGUACUUAAGCUUUGCAGCUGUUUUGUUCAGCUGAAGAUCCAGAAAAGUGUGAAAACUGGAUCUGAAAAAAUGAAGAGUAUUGAUUUUAAGUUCCAUGUAAGUAGAAAUUAGGAAUUACUUAGAGGGCAAAAAGCUUCUUUCAGCUUUAAUCUCCCCCCCAACUUUUCCACAAAACUCAAGUUAAAUGUCGCAAGGAAGGUGUCGGAUUUGUGAUUCCCCGUCCAUUCAUGCCUCAUAUUGCAUGCAACGUUUACAAAAUUGAACAGUAUCCUCAGCAACAGGGAGUAUCUCACCAUACAAUGUAUAUUUAUGUAUAUAAACAUUUCAAGCAAAUGUUAUGACUGCAUAAAUCAUUUCUUAAGUGUUAGCUCCCAAAGUAUUCAUUAUUGCUUGGCUUUAAAGGUUUUUGUAAAUAUACCACUUGGUAUAUUGCUUGUGUAUAUUGUAUUUUUAUGGAAUAUAAAUGCUUUUUUUUUUUUUUUUUUU